AUGCUGCAACGCUCUUGGCCGCUUCUGAAGGCGACAAAGGAAAAGAUCUAUGAACUUCGUAUCUAUGACAUUUUGCCGGGGAAAUACGACAAGUUCCAUCGCCUGACGUCGGAGCUGUUGCCUCUACGUGCAUCUGUGAGUAGGUGCCAGGGCUAUUGGAUAGUCCAGCUUGGUGCGAUUAACCAGGUGGCGCACAUGUGGGAGUACGACUCCCUGAAGCACCGGUACGACACACGCAACGCACUGCUCAGGGACGUGGAUUGGAAACAUCGCUACAUUGAUGAGCGUCAGUUGUGCCUGUCUGCUCAGAGUAACAUGUUGUUGCGCAUGACCUACCUCGAGAGCAACUCCAGCAUCCUCAGCUUCAAAUACCUGAUGAAGAUUACGCCGGAGAAGGAAUUGGUUUUGACGACGCCUGCGGCAAGUCUGGCGGCCUCCUACGUCGUGGUAACCGGAGAGCACGAGGGCAAGUACGUGCAUAUACUGAAGGGAAAGCUGCUAGAUGACCUGCUGGAGGUGGAGCCGACACCUGGUACCAUAUCCAAGAUCAUGGGCCCAGCACGCUGGUCGUCAGCGAUAGGGUGUCUCUGGCGCUAA